AUGGCCACGGAAAGACAGGUCAGGGUGAAGCCCUGGUUGCGGUCACCGCCCAAGGCAUACGUCUUCUCCAAAGCGAACGUCAUCGAUGUGGUUACCGGCUCAAUAUUGAAUAAUGUAGACGUCAAGGUCGAGAAUGGCAAAAUCACUUCUAUCUCGUCAGCUGCUCCUACGACAUACUCUUCGGACUUUCAGACUAUCGACUGCCAGGGCAAAUACCUCUGCCCCGGCCUCAUAGACUCCCAUGUACAUCUCAUGGCGGUACCAGGGUACGAGGAUCUGUCGAAAGCAUUCGGCAACCCCGCCGACGUCUCGCUCCUCCGCCAGCCCUACGUCUGCGCCCAGAUGCUUCACCGCGGCUUCACCACGGUCCGCGACUGCGGCGGCGCCCUCUUCGCCCUCAAGGAGGCCAUCGAGGACGGCGUCUUCCCGGGCCCCAGGCUCUUCAUCGCGGGCCACGCGCUCUCCCAGGCCGGCGGGCACGCCGACUACCGGGGCCCGCACGACCACAGCGCCUGCUGCGGCGGCGCCACGACGGGCCUGGGCCGCCUCUGCAACGGUGUCGCCGAGUGCAUGGCCGCCGUGCGCGAGGAGGUGCGCAUGGGCUCCGACUUCAUCAAGAUCAUGGGCUCCGGCGGCGUGUCGAGCCCGACGGACCGCAUCGACCAGCUGCAGUUCACGGGCGAGGAGAUCCGCGCCAUCGUCGAGUGCGCCGACAACGCCAACGUCUACGUCACGGCGCACGCCUACACGCCGCGCGCCAUCCGGCACUGCGUCGAGAACGGCGCGCGGGGCAUCGAGCACGGCAACUUUAUCGACCGCCCUACGGCGGAGCUCCUCGCGCGCAAGGGCGUGUUCUUGACGCCAACUCUGGUCACGUACGCCGAGAUGUCUGACCCCAAGUGGGAAGGGUACCUGCCGCAGGAGAGCGCGGUCAAGAACGUCGAGGUUCUCAAGGCCGGGUUGGAGGCGCUGCAGAUCGCGAGCGAAGCCGGUGUCACGCUUUGCUACGGUUCUGAUCUGCUGGGUCCCCUGAGUGCUGCCCAGACCUACGAAUUCGCGUUGCGCAGCAAGGUCCUGAGCCCGUUGGCGGUGCUACAGAGCGCCACCAUCAACCCGGCAAAGAUGCUCAGGCACGAGACGGAGCUGGGUCAGUUGAAGGAGGGCUUUGCGGCGGAUAUCUUGGUGCUGAACAAGAAUCCUCUUGACGACGUGACUAUCUUUGAUAGCCCCGAGGAGAAUGUCCUCAUGAUCAUGAAGCAGGGGCGGAUUUACAAGAGCAGGUGGGAGAAUGCGGUCGAAGAUGCUGCCAUCCCGUUUCAACCUGCCUGGCUGCUACUCCUCAAAGGGGGUGUUGCUCUCGGCACCCGCAUAACGCGCGUCCAUGACUAUUUGCGAAACGCUCUCCUUGUCUGA